AGGCUGGCAGCACAAGAGCCAUGUGUUUUAGCUCCACGCUUUGAAGGGCUCAGAAAACUUUUCAGAACUGUUUCUGAGAAGCGUCGUGUAACGAGGGAGAGAGAGAAAAAAGAGGAGGAGGAGAGUUGGGGGAGUUGAAACGGGGUGUAAGUGUUGGGGAGAGAGAUGGGGAGCUGAAUGAGCCGCAGACAAAAAUAAGCUGCCUUCCAGUGCAAUGAUUUGAUCGCAGUUGUUGAAGGAAAUCUUUGUUGGACAGCAGCUGUGGAGAUUCUGCAAGAGACACAACAAUAGAGGGUGUAGUUGUCACUUUUGUGUUUUCAACUGCUGAAGUUAGCCGCCAGCUGUUUCAAUGAUGCAGCGUGAGGAGCUGUCAGCCAGAGAGGAGUUCACCUACAGCCAUGUGCCCACUCUGGAGAGAGGCGGCGGGACACUGGGACGACGGGGCGACAGGUCGAUGGAGAGGAGGCCGGACAGAGGGGAGCGGGAUAGGCCUGAGCGGGACAGCUACACGGUGGACGUGAGGGCCAGUGACCUGCAGCUGGCCCAGCCGGAGCCUCUAAAGCACCCCUGCUUCAGCUACAGGGCCUGGCUCUACAGCGUCCUCAUAGGGGGCAGUCUGCUCAUCACGUCUGGUUUCUCUCUGUACCUGGGAAAUGUGUUUCCUGUUGCCAUGGACUACCUGCGCUGUGCUGCAGGCUCUGGCAUCCCUGCAGCCGUAGCCAGCUUCGCUAUUGCCAAGAACAGACAUGUUGCAGUUUCAGAUUUCCAGGUGGUCUACGUCUCAACAUUUGCUGUGACGACCACCUGCCUGGUUUGGUUUGGUUGUAAACUGGUCUUAAACCCUUCUGCUGUCAAUAUCAACUUUAACCUCAUCUUGAUGAUUUUGCUGGAGGUGUUGAUGGCUAGCACUGUCAUCCUGUCAGCCCGCUCUGCAGAGGACUGCUGCUGCCACAGGAAGCCGGCGACAUAUGACAGACCUGUGGUUAUUAAACCUGCAGUGUUCCCCACUCGACUUCUGAAGGCAUACUCUGUGAUUGAAGUGAUCGUGGGAAUCUCCGCUGUGUUUGGAGGCAUCAUUGCGCUCAACAUGGACGCUCUGCUGCCUGGCCCCUACUUGUCUGUCACGUUUUUCUGGAUCCUUGUGGCUUGUUUUCCCAGUGCCAUCGCCAGUCAUGUUGUGUCCGAAUACCCCAACAGGUGCCUGGUGGAGGUGCUGAUUGCCAUCAGCAGCGUGACGUCUCCCCUGCUCUUUUCAGCCUCCGGCUUCCUCUCUUGCAGUGUGAUCAGCUUUAUUGAAAUCUUCUUGCAUGAUGUGCCGACGGCUAAGCAAUCCUACGACAUCCUGCUGUUGAUUCUGAUGGUGCUGCUGCUGGUGCAGGCAAUUCUGACUUCGGCCACUGUGGUGCACUGUGCUUCCUACAAGAGUCAGCUCCGCAUGGGGGCUCCAGAGUGCGAGGACGGCAUGCAGACCCCCAGGAAUUACUGUGAGGUAUGGCAGCACCAAUCAUCCAAUGGAACACUGCAGGAUUUUGACAAAGACAGAGCCUGGAAGGCAGUUGUCGUCCAAAUGGCUCAGUGAGCAGCCCCUCGAAAUGUGUCGAGAAGUGUAAAAAAGAAGGAUGAAACAAACUCUGAAAGCUGCGAGCACAUGAGUACAAUCCUAAGGAGAGAGAGUAAAGACAUGGAGGAAAAUGGGAAAGAAAGAAUCAAAUUUGUUUUUCAUUAAGAUAUUUGCAUAGAUAAUGCUUUGAGCACCUUGCUUUCAUGUCUGUUUUUAUGGGAUUUUAUCAUCGUUCCCUGCUGACUACAGUGACUGGCGAUGUUAUCUGAUGAGGGAAAUCCGACUACAUUAUUGCACUGACAUCAUGUACAGUAGCUAAAAUGAACAAUCAUGUGAGCCGCUGUUCACUAACAGAAAAAAAAAAUCUAUUUUUGUUAGUUCUUUACUGUAAAUGUGCAAAGUUUAAUUCAUUCUGAAUUUAAAGAAUAAUGCAGUUUUGUCAGCAACACCACCAGGGUUGUACUGGGUCAAAAAAAGGAUUUGUUUAUGUAUAAAAACAUAAAUCUUUUCAGUUCAAAGAAAGUUAUUUAAAAUUCAUAAUUCUUGCUCUUUUUUGCUACUUUUGCUUGUUUGUCUUUCAUAUUAUGCUGACAGUAUUCCCCAAAUGCAAAACUCAUGAAACAUAUUUAAAACAGCAGCAGAUUUCCUCUCUAAAAUGUGAAGUCAACGCUCUCUUUAUUGUAAGUUACAUUUUGUACACUAGUUGGCCUCUUUGUGUCUUCUUGUGUGGUAGUGGUUAAACAAGAGAACUGACUUUUUCCUGCAGAUAUUCAGUAUUAACUGAUGUAAGGAGUCGUAAUGGUAUUUUUUUGUGUGUGUUGAGAAAUAAAAUGUCACCAUCUGUAUGCAGA